AUGGCCAGGCCUAAAGGAGUCCCAGAAUCCGUAGAAUACAUAUCCCUUCCUUUCUAUCCUCUUUUAUCAGGUGGAAUCACAGCAUUUCACAGGCCUUCAAUUCGAGGCAUUUCUAUCCUAGCCCAAUCCACUCCAUGCACAACAGUAUUUACCCUCCAAUCUGAGCACGAAUGCCCACAUGAAAUUGAAAAAGCUUGCUUAGACCACGGUCUUAAAUGAGUAUGAAUUUGCUUACAAGGCGCAAAUAAAAAAUUAUUAGAAGGCAAUAAAGCGUCGACUGCAAUUAGAUCUGGGCUACUUGAUGCUAGAAAAAGACUAGACAAAGGUGAAUUUUUAUACAUUCAUUGUGCGGCUGGAAUACAUAGGACAGGGUUAUUUAUUUAUGCUUUGAUCAGGAUUUGUGGGUAUUCGAAGCAAGAGACUUUGAAUAUUGUGAAAUCAAUUAGGGUAGCUACAUAUGAAAAAUGCGGAAGCAUGAGAUUUGAUUUAGGUGAAGGGAUUGCUAUAAAUAUAUUAAAUGGGACUGUUGGCAAACAAAUUGAAGGGCUGGAAAGCUUGAAAAGUGAAGAAUUCAUAGAAAGUCCUUUUAUGUGGAUAAAACUGAUACCAACUCAUCAGGAAAUGAUCAGAUUUGAAUGCAUUCUGACUGACAAAGAGCUUAAUAGAUAUGUUUUAGGAAGUGUGGUGAGCUUGAAAAUAAAUUUUAAAUAUUUGUUAAAAGAAUUAGGGGAGAAAUGAAUGCAGGCUAGAGAUGUUUUGUAUUCACCAGAACAAAAUUCAAAGAGCUUCAAGCCUUAUUUAAGAGAAUUGACAGAUUUUUGUAUUGAAACUUUUGGUAAAUCGAAAGCUCAAUUGAUUGGAAAAGAUGUGUAUAUAGAAAAACAGUUUAUUGACAAAUUUUGGCAGCCUUUGAAUGAUCAUCUAUGGGAAGAACCAAUAAAUUUGACAUCUAUUGAAAUAGCAUUGGGUUUAGAAUCAAAUGUUAACACAAGUCUUGUUGAAGAUAUUUUAUAUUUUCGACAUAUAAAAGAUACUUAUUUUAUUUAA